AAAAAUUGAAAAGAAUCCAAUUUCCCAGCCCAUAACCGUCGGGUUUUCCUCGUCAACUCAUCUCCGAUUCUCUGUCCUUCGUACCUCACUCCCCGCGCCGGUCAGCCAACGGAGGUCGCCUCUCCUUCCUCCGAGCCGCCAGUCUCCGCUCUCCUUCUUCCGUCUUGGCUCCUCCGUGCCGUGUGUCUCGUCGUCCACUGCGCGUGGCUAUGCUGAAGCUCCGAACUCCGAAACUGCUCCGUCCCUGACUCAGCUUCUGCUUCUGUAGGCUGAGUCAACCGGUUCAACUAGUGACUCAUCGGUUGAAACAAUGACCCACUGACCCAGUACUAUGAUUGGUUUAAUUAUCGGUUCGGUCCUGAUAACGAUGGAUACAAUAGAUAGUUAUAACUCCGUCCCCUUCCUUUUUUUUUAAUUACCAAAAAUACCCUUCUCCAUCGCCACCCUCACCAUCACCUUCACCGGCCAUUGCUACCAUACUCAACCACUCUAAGAAGGUUUCCCCGCAAAGUAGAGGAAUUCUCGCCCAGCUUUAACAAAAGAUGCAGGACUCCCCUGACUCAAGUCAUGGAUUCAGGGUGUGCCAACGAGUACAUUCAUCGGGUGAUUCAAGGAGAAUUGGUACAGUUAAUUAUGUGGGGCCUGUAGAAGGCUAUUCAGGCACGUGGGUUGGAGUUGACUGGGAUAACGGAGAAGGCAAACAUGAUGGAUCCAUCAAUGGUGUCCGAUACUUUCAUGCAAAGUCUGAAAGAUCGGGGUCAUUGGUUCGUGCUCCGAAUUUGAGCCAAGGGAUUUCAUUGCUUGAGGCUCUUGAAAAAAGAUACCGAAGUAAAUCAACUAAUGAUGAAGAGGCAGAUGAAAUGUAUGUCCUUUCAACUAGCAACAAUCGAGUAUCUGUUCAACUUGUGGGUAAAGAUAAAAUUCAAGAUAAACUAAGUCGAUUUGAGGAGUUAACCAAUGCAUCAUUGGCAUAUAUGGGUGUUAGUUUCCCUGGAAUUCCAUACCAGAUUAAUACUACAGUCCCAAAUAUGAAAGAACUUGACCUGACUGGGAACCUGCUUUCCGAUUGGAAGGAUGUUGGCAAAAUUUGUGGUCAGUUACCUGCUUUGCAGGCUCUCAACUUAUCUAACAACUUAAUGUCACCAUAUAAAUCAGAACUUCCACCACUGGAAAGCAUCCGCAUUCUAGUUUUAAAUAAUACUGGUGCAGAUUGGGAGCAGGUUGAAUUGCUUAGACAAUCAUUGACAGCUAUUGAAGAGCUACAUCUUAUCGGAAACAAUAUAAGCAGAGUACUGCCUAUGUCAUCCUCCUUUGUUCAAGGAUUUAAUUCUUUGCGUCUAUUGAAUUUGGAUGAUAAUUGUAUAGCUGAAUGGGAUGAAGUCAUGAAGCUUUCUCAACUAAGAUGUUUGGAACAGCUUUAUUUGAACAAGAAUUGUUUGAAUUCUAUCUUAUAUCCUGAUAAUGGCCAGCAGGAUGAAUUGGAAGCCACAAGCUAUAAGCCCUUUCAAAAUUUGCACUGCCUUCUAUUAGGUGAUAACGACAUCGGUGAUCUGGUCUCUGUUGACUCAUUAAACUUGUUCCCUAACUUGGUGGAAACUAGGCUUUCUGAGAACCCAAUAGCUGAUUCUACAAGUGGUGGAGUUCCAAGAUUUGUUUUGAUUGCUCGUUUAGCCAAAAUCAAGGUGUUUAAUGGAAGUGAGGUUACACCUCGUGAAAGGAAGGACUCUGAGAUUAGGUAUGUUCGACUUGUGAUCUCGAGGUUGCAUGCUAAUGCUGAAGAAAUCAAACAGCAUCCCAGGUUUUCUGAGCUUAAGAGUUUGUAUGGAAUUGAGGAUGAAAGACCAUCAACUGGAGCUUCAGGCCCACAAACAAUAGGCUCAGGGUUCUUGUCUAUCACUUUGAAGUGUGUUGGAGCAUCCAUGGGUGAGAAGCAACCAUUGACAAAGAAGCUGCCAGCAACAGCUACGGUUGGUAAGCUGAAAUUUCUCUGUGAGAGCUUUUUUAAGCUGAAGUCAUUGAAGCUAAAGUUAUUUCUUCAAGAAGAGGGCUGUCCAUUACCUGUGCUGCUCGACAACGACACAUCAUCUCUUAUGGAUCUUGGAAUUGGCAAUGAAUCAAUUAUCCUUGUAGACGAAGAAAGUUGAUAGAAAGAUCAGAAAUUGAAGAGCUUCUCUUGAGUGUGGUUACAAGCCAACAUAAGUUGAAAUCUUGUGUUUCUUUGAGGCACUGCUGAAUUGGAUGCUCUUUCCCGCUCAUGCCACAAAUAUUUUCUGUAUCCCCAGUUCCAUUGCAGACAGAUUUGGAUCUUGCACGCCAAGAAAGAAGAAUGGCAUUAUUUGGAAAAUGAGCUCAAAUUUUUUACAAAUGUGUUUAGGAAACAUUUAUGUUUGCAAUGCAGAUUCGGAUUAGUCCCUCAAAAAGUAUUGUUAUCUCUGUUUAGUCCUUGCAUUAGUUGGCAUGGAAUAUAGGAUAAAUAGAAGGGUUAAAUGGAAAAUUUGUGAUAUUUUAAGGGAUAGAAAAGAGUUUAGUUUUGAUAUAUUAAUAGUGUAAAAUAUUUUAUGUGAUCAUUUAAUUAGAUUUAUA